CCCCCUAACUCCAUUGGAGACCAAGUUCCCCUUCCAGCCUGGCCACAGUCUCACCCCCAGGGCUUCCUGUUGGGGUGUCCUAGGCCCCACCCCAGAGCUGGGCACUUCCCUCCCUGACACAGGGACCUGGACCCACUCUGCCCUGCCAGUGGCAGACAUGGUGCCCCUGCUGCUGCUGCCCCUGCUGUGGGGGGGGUCCCUGCAGCAGCAGCAGCCAGACUAUGAGCUCCAAGUGCAGAAAUCGGUGACGGUGCAGGAGGGUCUGUGUGUCCACGUGCCCUGCUCCUUCUCCUACCCGUGGAGUUCAUGGUCUUUCUCUCCUAAAGUCUACACCUACUGGUACCGGGACGGGGACAAAAUAAACCGUAAUGUUCCUGUGGCCUCGAGCAACCCAGCUGAUCCAGUGAAGAGCGAGACCCAAGGUCGCUUCCUCCUCGCAGACCCCACGACCAACAACUGUUCCCUGCAAAUCAGAGACGCCAGGAGGAGUGACUCAGGACGCUACUUCUUCCGAGUGGAGAGAGGAAAUUCUGUGAGAUAUAGUUACCAAAAGAAGAUGCUGGGUUUGCAGGUGACAGCCCUGACAGAGAAACCCCACAUCCGUGUACGGGAGCCUCUGGUGUCUGGCCGCCCCACACAGCUGGCCUGCAGCCUGCCAGGGGCCUGUGAAGGGGAAGGACCUCUCACCUUCUCCUGGGUGGGAGCCGCUGUGGACUCGCUGAACCCCCAGACCCUCCGCUCCUCGGUGCUCACCUUCACCCCGAGGCCCCCGGAUCAUGGCACCAACCUCACCUGUCAGGUCCAAGUCCAAGGAUCUUUGGGGGCUACACAGAGAACCAUCCGGCUCAAUGUCUCCUAUGCCCCAGGGAACCUCACCAUAGGCGUCUCGUUCAGAAAGGACCCAGUCUUUAAGAAUCUGCAAACCACAUCCCUUUCCAUCCUGGAGGGAGAGGCCCUGAGGCUGCGCUGUGAGGCUGACAGCAACCCCCCUGCCGAGCUGAGCUGGUUCCGGGGGUCCCCAGGCCUGAAUGCCACCCCUCUCUCCAGCACCGCGAUCCUGGAGCUGCCUCGCGUGGGGCCUGCACAGGAAGGAGAGGUCACCUGCCAUGCCCGGCACCCACUGGGCUCCCACAGCGUCUCUCUCAGCCUCUCCGUGGCCUGCAGCCCUCACUCCAGCAGAUGUGUGACCGAGGAGCAGCAGGGGUCCUGGCCCCUGGUCUUCACCCUGAUCAGAGGGGCCCUCAUGGGGGCUGGCUUCCUCCUCACCUACGUCCUCACCUGGCUCUACUACACCAGGUGUGGAGGCCCCCGGAGCAGGAGGCAGAGCUCCUGAUGGAUCCUCCUUCCUCUCAGGAUGGGACUGAGGUGCGGACACCAGGCGAGAGGGACCUUCCUGGGGCGUCAACGUCACCUUCUCCCUGGAAGCUCUUGAC